GACAGACAGAGCAGUAGUGCCAUGAGCAAGACGGUCGCGAUGCUGCUCGCGUCGGCAGGGAGCGGCAUUGCCGCUGGGGCAACUGGCAUGUACUUGUACUUGUGGGAUCGCGGGAAAGAAGGUCCAGCGCAAGAAGACGUCAAGCAGGAUGAUACGUUGGUGUCUACACCGAGAAGUCUACCUCUGCCGCAGCCGGCGCAGGAGAACUACGGCACAGCACCAGCGUCAGCAUUUAUCAUGCCCUUCGUGAAGCGCUAUGGAUAUCCGGACCUGGAUCAGGUCAUCCUACCGUCCGAAGAGUAUACGUCUUGCUGGGAUAGCCGCACGCGCAAUGCUCGGUGGGUCGUGGAGCGCAUCAACCUCAACACCGUGUCCGGCCCGGGAGACAGAAAAAAGUCUCCCUUCCGGCCGGACUCAAGGUUGCAGCCUCUAUUCCGGAGUAGCCUGUCGGACUUCUACGGGAGCGGCUACGAUCGGGGGCACCUCGCACCGGCCGGCAACCACAAGACAACUCAGGCCAACCUCACGCAAACCUUUCUGCUCUCAAACAUGGCGCCCCAGAUGCCAAGUUUCAACCGCGGGUACUGGGGUGACUUCGAGGAGUUCGUGCGUACCCUCGUCGUGCCGUCUGAGAGGUCCAUCAAAGCGGCGGCGGCGGCGGGGUUCUCGACGUCCUCGUCGCUGUCGCCGCCGUUCAAGGACGUAUACGUCAUCACCGGGCCUCUCUUCCUCCCGUCAAAGGAGACGUCAUCGACAGCCGGCAAAAGCAACGCGGUCGACAUCGACCAAGGACACGCCGAGAGGACGGCGAUGGAUGUGCCAUCGCAAUCCCCCAGUACACCCGCAGCUACGAAGUGGGUCGUCAAGCACGACAUCUUAGGGAACCCUAUGCAAAUGGUGGCGGUGCCUACUCACUUCUUCAAGAUAAUCGUGGCGGAACCAUAUCCCCCGCCUCCCUCAGAAGCGCUUGUCUCCAAGCCGACAACGUUUGUGGCCGCCUUCGCCAUGCCCAACGCCGACAUCCCGAACAACACGGACCUCCGGAAUUUUCUUGUGCCCCUGGGGGCGCUUUCGUCGGUCUCUGGCAUGAGGUUCUUUGGCACGGGCUUGCUGGACGAAACCGCCAAGCUCUCCCUCGACAAAGAGGCCAUUCAGGUGCGAGAGAGGGCAGGGGUCCCCGCGCUUUCGGGCGAUUGGGGAACCGGGAUAGAGAAGACGAACCGGAGGAAAAAAGGGAAAGAUGACCACAGCUUGCCGAUAGCGGACAGGCCGCGGGUUUUCCGGCACCUUUGCACCACUACGUCUUGCCGUGGGCUUUAGUGUUUUGGAAACGCCGACAAUGGAGAUGCAGCGAUGAAUCAUAUACUGCUGUCUUGCUUUUGCUUUUUUCCAAGUGGGGGCUGGGGCGAACGUUCGACACGGUUUGGUAUUGGUAUCCGCUAUUUGGUCAUGUCGCGUUCGCGUUGCUAGCUCGUAUCGGCGCUGCGCGCGGAGGGUUAUUCUUGCGUGCAGUCACCUGGUCUUCCAAGUGAAUUUUCUUCGUCGUCGUGUUGGUAGCGGCGGCGCUCCGAUGUAUCGGCGGUAGCCGGGCGUAGCUGGUUGUUCAUGCCCUUGAAGGGCUUGCGUGGACGUCAUGACUCGACCGCUCGCCGGCGUUUUCGUGCCCCUUUAGAGUACCGGGACAGUUAAAAAUGUUAUUUACAGCGUGUCUGUGUUGGGGGUGUGUAUCAGUACUCUACAGCUCCUGCUAGAACGUGCUCGUUGCCCAUGUCGUGAGGCAACAAAAGGUCUCGGUGUAAGGAGCGUUUGCUUUUGUCCUUGAUGUGUGAUUUUGGUCUGCAGCAAAUCCGGGUUCUUUCCCACCUUCCAACCUGCCGUAAGACGUAUGGGCGAAAUUUGGUUUGACAUUCGUGCGCGAUGGCUACUUUUUUGAGAAUCAAAGAGAAUCGACACGGUCCACUGCCAUGGAUUGUGGGGGCCACAUUCUUGGUUGAUUGGAUAGGUAUCGUCUGUGCCUUGGUAGCAGAAGAUGAGCAUCCUUAUCAGAUUUUAAAUUUAGCGAGAAGAGAGAAAUUGGGGGCUUGCUCAAGCAAAGGUGGAGGCUUGCCUGUCUAGAGCUAGCGGAAAUGUUCGGUCAUGAUAAUGAAGUGCCACGAACAUCACCUGGUGGAGCUCGUAGUAAGUCUCUCCGUGAUUCGGGAGUUCACAUGCGGCGUUUUGAUAUCAAACAAGCGUGUGCAUAUCGGGCAGAUUUAGCACCGAGUGGUGGCACACAUGCACACCCUCUCAAACAACUGAAGAUGU